UAUCUCAUAUGUAUAUAUACAGAGGAAAUGACCCCAGAGGGCGCUUCCUUGAAUACCAAAAGCUGUUGCGUCAGCUCGUGGUUCUCUGCGAACAGCAGCGCUUCCUCUGGUUCGCACGCAACUCCUUUACGCCCAGGUGAAGCAGUUCCAUUGCCUACGACUUUCCAAGAAAUGCGAGCAUCUUCCGCCCAUCACAACCACCACCACCACCACCACCAAUGAGUUCUGAGGGCUCCGACCGGCGGGCAGCCCCUCCCGACCCCUCUUCUUCCUCGGGCCGCUCUUCUCCCCGCCCACUCCAGGGUUCUUGCCGCAGCUGCAGGGAGCCAAACCCCGCCCCUUUCGUCCCCGCGUGCAACCGGCUGACUGGCGAAUGAGACUCGGCGUCCUCCCGGCAAGCCCAUUGUCUGCAUUGAGGCGCCGGCGGGAAGCGCGAGAGGAGCGAAGCCAGCAGCGUCGGCGACCUUGCCCGCGAGACGCGCCCGGGCGCUGACUUACACCCAGAGCAAGCAGAAGCCCCGCAGGAAGAAGCUGCGCUCUGGCGCGAUGCGGAGCGCCGACAGCCAUUCUGCUGAGAAACGGAACCAAGGAGUAGCCCCGGCUCGGGACCUCUGCAGCUCCUGAAAGGAGAAAGAGGCUAGGCCGCCUCCGAAGACUUCCAAGUUUGCCCUGACAGGAGGACCUUUACUACCUCUCUUCCCCACCUAUGGAGACUUUGAGCGCCGUGCGGGCUAAAGUAGGAGCCAGAAGUCCUAUGGGCUGCGAGGCGGCAGGGACCGGCGAACCCCAACCCAUUUGUUCUUCGGGUCCAGCUAGCCGAGGCUCUCCCGCGCCGCCGGCCUCGGAUUCCCCCGCUCAUAGACUUGAAGACCUGGAGACCUUGGCUACUGUGGGGACAGGCACUUUUGGGCGGGUUCACCUGGUGAGAGAGAAGGCUGCUAAAUGCUAUUUCGCAUUGAAAGUAAUGAGCAUUCCAGAUGUUAUUCGGCUAAAACAAGAACAACAUGUACACAAUGAAAAAUCUGUUUUGAAAGAAGUGAAUCAUCCAUUUCUAAUCAGAUUAUAUUGGACUAAUCACGAUGAUCGAUUUCUAUAUAUGUUGAUGGAAUAUGUACCUGGAGGUGAACUUUUUAGCUAUCUACGUAAUAUGGGACGCUUUAAUAACAGCACUGGACUAUUUUACUCUGCAGAGAUAAUUUGUGCAAUAGAAUACCUCCAUUCAAAAGAAAUUGUUUACAGAGACUUAAAACCAGAAAAUAUUUUAUUAGACAAAGAGGGGCAUAUCAAACUCACAGACUUUGGCUUUGCUAAAAAGCUUGUUGAUAGGACAUGGACACUGUGUGGAACACCAGAAUAUCUUGCCCCAGAAGUCAUACAAAGUAAAGGUCAUGGAAGAGCAGUAGACUGGUGGGCCCUGGGUAUUCUGAUAUUUGAGAUGUUGUCUGGAUUUCCCCCAUUUUUUGAUGACAAUCCAUUUGGAAUAUAUCAGAAGAUUCUAGCUGGUAAAAUAGAUUUUCCCAGGCACCUGGAUUUAUAUGUAAAGGAUCUUAUUAAAAAGCUUCUUGUGGUUGACAGAACAAGACGACUAGGAAACAUGAAGAAUGGAGCUGAUGAUAUAAAGAGACACCGAUGGUUCAGGUCUAUAGACUGGGAUGCUGUACCUCAGAGGAAAUUAAAGCCUCCUAUAGUGCCGAAAGUAUCAAAUGAUGGCGAUACAUCUAAUUUCGAAGCUUACCCUGAAGAUGACUGGAACAAAAUACCACCAGUACCUCCUAAAGAUUUAGAAAUUUUCAAAAACUUCUAAAUGUGUGAUACAUCAAAUUAUUAAGAAAUUGAAAGAAGAUUGGUGUGAUAGGUGAAAACUGGAAAAG